AAUAUAAACAUUUUAUUGAUUUUUUUAAUAAUCAAAUUAAAAUAAAAAUUAAACAAAUUAUAUUACUAAUAGCAAAAUGAGAGAGAGAGGACAUGAGAGAGGGAGAGGAGGUGACCGAAGGACUACGGCAAGAAGGACAACACAGAGUAGAGGUCGCGGAAGAUCUGCAGGUAAAUGGCAACAGAGGAAGACUACGCCGGUGGGACAGAGGAGAACUCAACUCAACCGGAAUCAGUUUCAACAGGGAAAGCUAGGAGAUUCAUAUGACUGGGGGCUUUACAAACAAGCUGUACUGUAUUUUUUUACAAAUUUCCCAGAUGAAUGGACUUAUGCAGACAUGUGGAACACUUUUAGAAGGUAUGGUAGAGUAUACACCAUUUACAGUCCAAACAGGAGAAGUAGGAACGGUAGCAGGAAGAAAGCUGUGGCUAAAUUCUUCGAGAUAUGUAAGGCAAAAAUGGAGGUGCGAGAUCAGAAAACUACUCAAGGAUUUGAACUAAAACUUCAAACCAGGAGCUAUGCUGAAGUGGUGAAGAGCCGACAGGAGAAAGAACAAGAGGAGAAGGGGAGUAAGCAUUUCACGGUGAAUCAAACGGAAGGGCAGAGAAACAUCAGAAGCCAAGCUAGAAGUGAAGUGGGAGGCAGUGAAAAUAGGAAAGUGUGGCAAGAAAAAGGCAAGAGUGCUAAUUGGGCUGGAUUUGAAUACAAUGUUAACCCAGGAGAGUACGCAUGGCUUGACGGAUGUUAUGUAGGAAUCGUUUACUCGGUGGAAAUGGUUCGUAAUUUGCAAGAAAAAUUUUACAUGGAAGGGUACUUUGCAUGCCGAAUCCGUGCAAUGGGGGGAAAAUUGGUGUUACUUGAUUGUGAUGACAAAAGUGAGCUGAAAGAUUUGGUGGAGUCGGCAUCAGAGUGGUUAGGACAAUGGUUUGCAGAAGUGAAACCAUGGUCACCAGAAAAGGUUGCGGAUGAAAGGUUUGUGUGGAUUAGGUGUCAAGGAGCACCCUUAAAUGUGUGGGGGACAGAUUCUUUUGCAAAAAUGGGUAGCUCAUGGGGUAAAUUCAUCUAUUUGGAUGAUAACACAAGCCAAAAAAGAAGAUUUGAUGUAGCUAGAUUCUUGCUCUCAACACCGAUCAUGAAUACCAUAUCAGUCUCGAGACAGAUUAAAAUAAAUGGGUCCAUGUACAAUGUUAAAUUCACGGAGGAGGAGUUCACCAAUAGCUUCUUCUCCUUGAAGCAGGAUUUUAUGCCAACUUUUCAAAGUGAGUCUGAUAAUGAGGAAUCAUGGUCACUAGAUAGGGAAAAGGAAGAUAGUGAUCUGGAAAAAAUUGCAGAGAUGGAGCAAGAGAAAAUAAGGGACAUUGAGCUGGAGGAGGAAGAUGAUGAGGUGGCAUACAGUAAAGGGAAGACUGAUGGAAAGGACGAAGCACAACAGGGGAAUUUGGAAAUUGUGGUAGGAAAAUUGGGCUCUAAUGGGAAACAUAGGAGGAGGCCGAAGAGCAAGCCCAAAUCACAAGGAAGUAGCCCAAGUUAUGUAGAGUCAACCAAUGAAGGAAUGGGCCAAGGACUAAGCGGAGUAGGCCCAUCUAUGGGUAAAUUAAUAGAGAUGAAUAAAGACAAAGGGACAAAGGCGGUAAUUUAUGAUGAUGAGGAAAGGAAAUCUGUCCAGAGGGAGCUCAAUGAUGAAGAGGAGCAGAGGCAAAGGUUAAAGCAGAAGGGGUCGAUGGGGGACAAGGUGGCUUUUACCGUGGAGGAAGUGAGGGAGUCGAUCAUGUGGGAACAUGAGGGUGAAGCAGAACAGAAGCAGACCCCGAAUCCAAAUGGUGAGAUAGCAGGGGAAUCCAUCGGAGAUAGUGGCAUAGAAAACUGUAACAGGGCUUGGAAGGAACAAAUGCACAGCCACCUUGCCAAGGAAAAUUGGGAUCUAGCCAAACAAUUGGGUGCAACAACAGAGAAGGACAAGGCGAUGGUGCAAAGAAUUGAAGAGAUGGAGAGGAGAGACAGACAAAAAAAGAAGAAGGAAGAAAUGGUAAAUCGAGUAGCUGAGGAAGCAAAGAAGUGGGGCUUGGGCAGAUUAGUGUCAGAUCAUUGUCCACUGGUUCUGAAGAAUGAAAAAGUAGACUGGGGACCAAAGCUGUUUAAAUUCUUCGAUGCGUGGCUGGAGCAAAUUGAAUGCAAGGAGCUGAUAAGAAAGGCAUGGAAUUCUACAGCGGAAGAGGGGAGAAAGGGAUUCAGACUAAAGGAGAAACUGAAAGGAACUAAAAAAGCCUUGAAGGAGUGGAGUGGCAACCACAUGUCGGAAUUAGAUUGCAAGAUAAAGGAAGCAGAAAAGAUGAUAGCUACUCUGGAUGAGAAAGGAGAAAUUGUCCAACUAUUGGAAGAAGACACCAACAGGAGGAAAGGCUGCUUCCUAGAUCAUUGGAAGAACUUGAGAAUCAAGGAGAGUAUGUGGCAACAGAAAUCACGGAAGAUGUGGCUAAGAGAUGGGGAUGCUAACACAAAGUUUUACCACAACUGUGUGAAGGGCAGAUGGAGAAGAAAUGAGAUAAACAGCAUCCAGGUUAAUGGGAAACAGCUGCGGGAGGAAUUUCAUGAACGAGGCAAGAUGGAAAAAGGAGCAAAUGCGUCUUUCAUAGUCUUAAUCCCGAAGGUUGAAAAUCCCCAAAGAAUUGAAGAUUAUAGGCCAAUCUCGCUCAUUGGAGUCAGGUACAAGAUUCUGGCAAAGUUAUUAGUUAACCGUCUGAGGAAAGUACUGGAUACGAUCAUCGAGGAGCAACAAAUGGCAUUCAUUAAGGGCAGAAAGUUGCUGGAUGGGGUGAUCAUUGCUAAUGAGGUGAUUGAGGAAGCAAAGAGAAAGAAGAAAAACAGCUUUCUACUCAAGGUGGACUUCGAAAAGGCUUAUGACAAGGUAGGUUGGGACUUUAUUGACUACAUGCUGUUGAGAAUGUGGUUUACUGCCAAAUGGAGAAAAUGGAUGAAAGAAUGUCUCCAAUCGAGCACAGUAUCAAUCCUCAUUAAUGGAAGCCCAAAAAGGCAGUUCCUGGUUAGUAAAGGGAUUAGGCAAGGUGACCCACUAUCUCCCUUCUUGUUUUUAAUAGUAACGGAGGGUUUGAAUGGCUUAAUGUUAUCUGCGAUGGAUAAGAAUCUUUACAAGGGGGUGAGGAUUGGAAACGUAGAUGUGAUGGUAUCCCACCUCCAGUUUGCAGACGACACGAUAUUUUUUGGCGAAGCAUCAAAGGAGAACAUUCAAGUUAUCAAAUGCGUUCUGAGAACCUUUGAGCUAGCUUCGGGUCUUAAGAUUAACUAUGGUAAAAGUCAGUUAAUGGGUAUCGGGGUUGAGGAAGAUUGGAAAAAGAGAAUGGCAUACACUCUUCACUGCAAAGAAGGUGAGCUUCCUGUCAAGUAUCUGGGAAUUCAAAUUGGAGGGAAUCAUAGAAAGCUAUCAAUGUGGCAGCCAUUGGUGAACUCGUUCAAGAAGAAGCUUGCAAGUUGGAAGGGCCGGGAUUUAUCAAUGGGAGGUCGAAUUGCGCUCAUAAACUCUGUGUUGUCCAGCUUACCGGUGUUCCAGAUGUCAGCCUACCUACUCCCCAAAGGAAAAUAUGGAGCAAAAGGGGGUCACUGGAUGGACUGGGUGCAUGAUGGCAGGAACAUCGGAUCGUUAUGGUUGAGAGACGUCCGAAGACUCAAAAUCGGGGAGGGAGUGAAUGUGAGAUGGUUGUGGGAGGAUUUUAGGCUCAAGAUAGGGGACGGGAGAGGUGUUAAAUUCUGGUGGGAUACAUGGUGUGGGGAGGAGUGUCUAGCUAACAAAUUUCCUAGACUGUAUUUAUUGUCAACAGGGAAAGAAAAAGAAUGUCAUGAAAUGGGUAAUGGGGAUCGAACCACAUGGAAAUGGAAUUUAUCUUGGAGACGAAAUUUGUUUGAGUGGGAAGAAGAAGCAGUCCGAGAACUCAAAGGGAUGAUUGAAGAAGUGAAGAUCACACCAAGCCGCCCAAAUAGAUGGGAAUGGAGCCACAGCACGGAAGGCCAAUACUCGACAAAAAUAGCUUAUCAAAGGAUAUCAAUGCCAAGGAAGAACCCAGAGGAAGAGAAAAUUUUUAAAAGGGUUUGGAACCCCACCGUCCCUAGCAAAGUGGUUGCAUUUAAUUGGAAAGCAUUGCUGGACAGAAUCCCAACUAAGUUAAAUCUUAUCAAAAGGGGAAUUAUCAAAGCCAUGGCAGAAGGAAAAUGUGUCUUAUACGAGGAAGAGACUGAGGAUGUUGACCAUCUGUUCUUAAAAUGCAAAGUAGCUGGAGGUUUGUGGCAACCAUGCGCAAACUGGUGGGGAACAAAUUUUACACUUCACAGAGAUUGCUGGACAACAUUUCAUCAUUUUGGGACAUGGACUACAAAACCACACAUUUCAGAAGGGUGGGAUUGCAUCUGGAAUACAGUUAUAUGGACUAUAUGGAUGGCACGAAACGGAAAGGUUUUUCAUGAUUCAAAGGUAAACAAAUGUAAUCUUUUUGAGCUUAUUCAAUUGAGAUCUUUUGAUUGGAUUAAAGCAAGGAAAGCUAGGUGUUAUUUCAGUCUUUCGAAUUGGAUGAUUGAUCCUACUGCUUGUCUUUUAGUAAAUGGUAGAGGAAAGUAGUAAUGAUCCGAAAGAUAGGAUUAACAUUGAAGGGCUGAUUUUUGUAUUUGUAGUAAGGGUUUGAGUACCCCUUGUACUCAGUUUUUCAUCAAUGGAUUUUUCAUUUGCUAUUCAAAAAAAAAAAAAAAAACAAAUUAUAUUACUUUAUAUAUAUAUGAUUAUGAGUUAUAUAAGAAAUGAUAAUUUUUUUU